GGUGUCACCAGGAAAGACCCCCGCUUGUCCUUGCCGCCUUAGGGGAGGCAGCGGGGUCCCCGAUGGACCCUCCAGGAUCUGGACAGUGGAGUCUGGACAGCUCAGGACAGCACUGAGCACCACAUGAGUGACAGAGCCGCAUGGCCAGCAACACGAGGAUGGAGGAGAGCCCAUUGCAGUGGAGGAGAGCUCAGGAAGCAGCACAGGAUGCCAUGGAGAUGAAGAGCAGCAGGGUAGGCUUGCACCAAAGCGCGACUGCUGAGCUGGGACUCCUGAGCUACCCAGAGACCAGCAAGCUGAGCUAUGGAAUGGAGAAUGAAUGUCCUUGGAGGAGCUCCAAGAGAUGCUUGGAGACAGGCCAGGAACUUGCUGGCGGCCAGCUCAGCUGGCCCUACCCGCCAUCCUCCCCAUGCCUACAGGGCACCCUGUGCCACCCCAAGGAUGGAGCUGAGCUCCCGCUGCUGCCACCAAACAGGAACGGACAACCCAAGGUGGGCUGCAAGGAGCGCCUGGGGCUGCAGUGGACUGAGACCAUGCUGACCCCUCUGGCCCUCUACAGCCACAGAUACCACCACUACCUCCUGCCUUUCCCAGGGCCGGAGGGCCAGUGCCCCGACACCGCUAGCAAGCCCUGCGUCACUGCAGGAGAUGGGGCCAGUGACCCCCCGGCUUUACGCCACUGCCCUUACCUCGUGGAGGCCAAACACAACCCCUUUUUCCUGUCAUCUCUGGUGCCCACCAGACCCCUGGCUGAUGUCCCGUUUGGCGGUGGGGCGCCAGAGGGACCAGGGACGAUGGACGACAGGCAUUUAACUGGCGCGGACUGGCGUCUGGGAUUCUACAUGCCUGCCUGGGAUCAACCCCUCUACUUGGGGGUCCCGCCAAGGUGCAAGGCAGCUCCAGCCUCCUUUGAUGACUCCUCCAGCUCAGGGAACAAGGAGUUUUACCCAAAGAAAACAUCUAGCUUCCAACAUCCAGCCAAGGACCAAGAGCCGUUGCAGCUGCUGGGCAAGGACCAAAUGAUCCAGGAUGGAGACGGGGUGGGCAAGAUGGUGAUGCUAGAGCUGCCAGGAACCCUGUGGAGGGAUGGCCGAGCUGGAGGCAGCUUGACGAUGCCCACUCCCCAUGCCUGCACACCUUCCCCCAGUGCUAGUCACCUCCUGCAGCCUGGUAUGGUGGGGGACUGUCCCUGGGUAGGUACAUGGCCUCACAAUGCCAAGUUACUCCCAGAGCUGGGCCCAGGCUGGCCCUUUGAGCUCAGAGAUGAGCACCAGGCAUACCAAAGUUUCCAGCCCAGCUUGUCAUCGGGACUGGAAGGGACUGACCCAUUGCCUCCGCUCACAGAUAGGCACUACCCACUACCUCUUGCCAAGCCAGAGCUGCCUCCUGUUUGCCUCUGCAAUGCACUGGGCUGUGAUGGAUGUCUGGGGGUGGGCUGUGGAGUACUCAGCCCCUUUGAGCCUGCCCUGAGCAUCCCUGGGAGUCGUUUUCCAUGCCCACCCAGCAACCACACCAAGUUGAAGAAGACUUGGCUGACGCGGCACUCAGAACAGUCUCUGCCACACUGCAAGGCACCCCAGAGGGACAGUGGCCCCGAGCCGGCCAGUGAGGGCAAGCGCUUGGCCAAACGCCUGCAUGGCGCAGCUGAUGGACCUCACAAUGCUGGUGAAGUUGCCAGGGCAGCCAAACGGGGCAGGAGGGCCAUCGAGUGUGUGGCCACAGCGUGCCUCGCUGAUGGCACAGAGAGCAGAAGGGCCCCGGAGGAAACGAGGAUGGAGUUUGGCGAAGAAGAGUCGCUGAACCAUCCCAACCUGCUAGCACAGGAGCCGUGGUGCCUGCAGACUGUGCCGUGCACCGCCCUGCCCGAGAGCAUCCCACGGUGCUGUGCCUGCGCCGCCCGGGCCCUGGGGGACUCCAAGGGUGAAGAGGAGGAGGAUCCCCCCGAAAGCACCUGUAGACUGCUGUACUUCCGGAGGUUUGCCUUUGGGGACAGUGGGAAGCCAAGUGUUGAUGGCUUCUGCACCCUGGGAGAGGCAGAGGGAGAGAUAAUGCAUCUGGGGGCAGCUGCUAGCCCCAAAAGAGGGAACAAGAACUCAGGCAGCAGCCUUUGCCUGGCCAAGUACCUUCUGAGGGUCCUCGGGGACUCCUUCUGUGAGGCUGUCUGCAGGGACAGGGACGUGUGGCUGGCAGAAACCAAAGGGGUGAUGGCCUGGAGGCGGGGGGAAGGAGGCCCCCGUGUCUGUGAUGCCUGCCAGCAUGGCUUCUUCAACUCCCAUUGGAGCUGCGCCAGAUGUGGCUUUCAGCUGUGCCCCAACUGCCACCACAGCAAGCAGGAGGCUGACGGCCAAGAGGGUCUGACGCAGCUGUCUGAGUGCACCCCUGGGCAAGAACACCACAGCACAUCUCUAGUCCCUACACAGUUUGUCCCCAGCCAUAUCCUGACCCGGGUCUGGAAGCUCCUGCACCAAGUUCGGGCUGAGUUUGGCAUCAAAUCGCACUGUCUCUGCGGGCAGGAACCUGCAUUGCAGAGCCCCAUGGAUGCCCCAGGGACCAGGCAGGAGCCGUCGGGGGCUGGAGUACCCACCUUUCCACCCAGCAGGGAUGGCCAAGCCAACACUAUCCAGCCCAUCAAGGAAGCAGAGAGCCCCAAGGGAGGGACACCACCGCUAGGGCAGCCACCGCUCCAAGGGGCCAUGCAGACAGCCACCCUCUGUGACCUCCUUGCUUCCACUGCCGUCAAGCUGUGUCUGGGGCGGGAUGGAGUGUGCAUGGCCUUUGCCCCUGUCUCACCUUCCUUGCCCAGUGACAACCACCUGACCAGCAUCCUGGACAGCAUCAUUGCCCACGUGGUGGAGAGGAAGAUUCAGGAGAGGCAAGUGGGGGGCGAACUGAGCAUCCCCAGUCCCUCCACUUCCCACAGCACCCUGACACCCAGUGGGCUGCUCUGGCUGCGUGACUCCAGCAACACCAGCAGCUACAAGCUCUUCCAGGAACACUGGCGGCAGGGCCAGCCUGUCCUUGUUUCAGGGCUGCAGAAGAGACUGGAGGGGCGGCUGUGGGGGCCAGAGUCCUUCUGCCCAGCUGGUGGGGAACAGGCAGUAGAGGUGGUGAAUCUGCGGGCACCGUCGAGCCGCAUCAGGAUGAGCAGCCAGGAGUUUUGGGACGGCUUUGCCGCUGGCACAGCAUCCCUGGAGCCAGAGCGGGGCGGCAGGGACUUGCUGAAGCUGGAGAGCGGCUUUGGAGACAUGGAGCUGUGCCGGACUGCCAACCUAAAUGCCAGCUUGCCACUGCCAGAGUAUUGCGGGCCCACUGGCCGCCUCAACCUGGCCACCUACCUGCAGGGCCAGUGGGCCCGACGUUGGCUGCGCCCGCGCGUCUGCGUGGCUUACGGUGUGCAUCCCCAGGACCAGACCAUUGGGACCAAAAAUCUGACAGUGGAAGCAGCUGACUCCAUCAGUGUCCUGGUGCAUGCUGUGCCGGCGGCACGGCAGGACCUGCUCCUGCAAGCUGAUGCCGACAGCAUGGAAAUGCCAAUGAAGGAACGUCUCUGGGAUACCGGCAGCCGUCCCGGUGCCCUGUGGCACAUCUUCCGUGCCGAGGAUGCUGGCCGCAUCCAGGAUUUCUUGCAGAAGGCAUGUAAGGACCAAGGACAGGAAGGGGUGGCCAGAGCAGAGUACCCCAGCUGCUACCUGGACCUCUCACUGAGGAGGCGACUGCGCCAGGAGUCUGGUGUCACUGGCUGGACCCUCCUCCAGUUCUUAGGGGAUGCAGUGUUAGUCCCUGCUGGAGCUCCUCAUCAGGUGCAGACCCUCACGAGUACUAUCAGUGUGGAGCAGCGGUUCCUCUCGCCAGAGAAUGCUGCUCGCCUCUGGGACCACGGCACCGAUUACCCUGGUGCUGCACGACAGCUCCGCGCCCAGCUGGAUGGCGUGAUCUUCUCCGCGGUGCAGGAGGCUGUGGGAGCUCUGCGGGGCUGCGAGGCGCCUGUGGCAGGCCAGGAGGAUGCUUGAACAAAGCCAGAGCAGCCGAGACACUCCGGGGACCCACAGCAGCCACCUCUUGCUUGGUGCUUUGCUCCGAAACCACCCGGGGAGCUCAGGAUGGGGGUGGGGCAGUCAGAGA